AUGAUGUUGAUUAUAGUUUCACGGAUAUUUAAUAUUGUAUACAGGCAAGAAAGUACGCUGAUUAAGACUAUUGUUAAGCAUGUUUCAGACAAAUUAGACAUUGGACAAUUAUUUGUGGCCGAGAAUUCAGUGGGAAUGGAAUCACGAGUUCAUGAACUAACAAUUGAAUGGUCACAAAAUAUAUCCCAAAAAGCUCUUAUCAUAGGCCUCUGGGGGAUGAGAGGCAUUGGCAAGACAACUGUUGCCAAAGCCAUUUAUAAUAAAAUGGGUCGUCAGUUUGAAGCCAGAAGUUUCCUGGCAAAUAUAAGAGAGAACUCAAAGCAUGCUAAUGACCAAGUUAAUUUGCAAAAGCAACUCAUUUCUGAUAUCACUAAGACACAAGUUUUCAAGAUAGCUAACACUGAUAGAGGAAAAAAGAUAAUUCAGGAAAGAUUUCCUGACAUAAAAGCAUUUGUUGUGCUGGAUGAUGUGGAUAGUGUCAAUCAACUAAACACAUUAUGUGGGAGUCUUAAAUGGUUUUGUUCAGGGAGCAUAAUAAUCAUAACAACUAGAGAUUUGCAUAUGCUUAAUGUGCUUAAAGCUGACCAUAAGUAUGGGAUGAGAGGAUUGAAUGAAACUGAGUCUCUCAACCUUUUCAGUUGGCAUGCCUUUAAGCAAGCAGCCCCCUUUGAAAACUUCACAGAACUCUCUAAAAAUGCAGUCACUUACUGUGGUGGACUUCCAUUGGCUCUUGAAGUCCUUGGUUCUCAUUUGUUUGAUAGAGAAAUUGAAGAAUGGGAGUAUGUGUUGUCCAAGCUAGAAAGGAUUCCAAAUGAUGAGAGACAAGCAAAGUUAAAAGUAAGUUUUGAAGGUUUAGAACAUGGGGAAGAAUACGUUUCUUGA